AUUUCAAGAACCCCACACUGCUUUGAGCUUCCAUACUUUGCUUCCUCAAUAAACAAAACGAAAAAAAUAAAGCCUAAAACGUCUGAGGAAGUUAGGCCAACGGUUAUAGUUCCUCACCCUUUUUAAAAAAAUUCACUUGAAAUCAAAGCAAAAGGGGCUGUUUGAUUAUUGGUCACCAUCUGAACCCAAACUUCACCUUCCUCUGUCAUGUUUGUUCAACCCCAUAACCUCUUUCUCUUCUUAUUUCCUCCCUUUUUAUUCCUACUUCCAUUCCUCUGUUCUCUAUUCUUAUCCAUCUUCUUCUCUUUUUUAGAGAUUCUUGAAAUUUGGCAUCAUAUGCUAUGCAAGAUUAGUUAAGAUGAGCAAAACUAUUUUUCAAGAUUGAUACUUGGAUUAUGUAAUAGGUUCAAUUUGGGAAAUUUUUGCAGUGACAUGCUAGCAGGGAAUUUUCUUUGAAAAAUUCUUCAUUAAUCAUCGUCUCUCCUCCCACAUGCUGUAUGGUAUUAUUACUGAUGAUAUAUUACUUGAUAGCAGUAAGAAUUUGAAAGUUCUUGGAAAUUUCUCCUUGUUGACAAAUUUGUUAAAUACACCUCCUGGCUAAGGUACAUGUAUGUUUAGCUAAGCAGUGUCCAGAGUCGGCUCCGGCAUUUAAAUUUGAUUCGUUCAAUAUUUUGGUUCUUAUCACCGAACCCAUUACACUUUUUUUGUACUAUAUAUCUAUAUUUCAUAUUGAAAAUACUGGUUUUAGUUGAAUCUAUUGAUUAUAUGCUACAUACGCCUCCCGGUGGAGAGUCAUCAUUCCCAAUGAAUAGUCGUUACUUCAUUACAACAGACUCGUUAUGUAGUUCUAGAGUUGUUGUUCCUGUCCCGCCAAUUGCAACUGAAGUUGUGGAAGAAACAAUGGAUGUUAAUGUUAGAAACAUGUCCUCAGCAAGGACACCCUUUUCUUCAUUCUUAAUAAGAAUGGCUAUUAGAAUAUCAAGAUCAAGGUGUUUCAGUUUCUUAAGAAGGGUGUUUCAUUACCAAAAUGGUUCAAGAUCAGAACUUGGUGCAAAUCCUUUUAAUUCUGUGACUUGGAUGAUGAUGGAGUGCAUAGCUUUAAGUGUUCAGAUAAUUAUCACAGCAUACACACUGGCUAUUUCAAAGGAGGAAAGGCCAGUUUGGCCAAUGAGGAUUUGGGUAUUUGGAUAUUCUUUUGGAUGUGUACUUAGUCUGAUUCUGCUUUAUUGGCGCUACUGGGCAUUAUAUGUCAGGCAAAGAGAUGACUCUGCCACCUCUGAUAUUGAGCAGCAAAUAAACCAUGAUGAAUUAAGGGCCUUGCCGCCUCUGCUGGAGAGAUGUCGGACUUGUAUAGAAUUGUUCUUCGCCAUAUGGUUUGUGAUGGGGAAUGUUUGGGUGUUUGAUUCACGCUUUGGAUCAUUCCAUCGUGCUCCUAAACUUCAUGUGCUCUGCAUCUCACUGCUAGCUUGGAAUGCUGUCACUUACUCUUUCCCCUUCAUAUUGUUUGUAUUGUUAUGCUGUUGUGUGCCACUUUUGAGUAGUCUUCUUGGCUAUAACAUGAACAUGGGAUCGGUCGAUCGAGGCGCAUCUGAUGAACAACUCUCCAAUCUACCAAGCUGGAAAUACAAGGAAAUUAGAAAUAAAGAAGAGUUUCAGAGUGAAAAUGCUGAAUGUUGUAUCUGUUUGGCCAAGUACAGAGACAAAGAAGAGAUCAGACAAUUGCCUUGUUCUCAUAUAUUCCAUCUCAAAUGUGUGGAUCAAUGGCUCAGAAUUAUAUCUUGUUGUCCUCUCUGUAAACAAGAAUUAGAGAGGUAAAAAUUGCAAGAAAAGCUCAUGAUAACACUGAUACUUCAUUUGUUUACUCCCACAUCCACAUUUAAUUUCCUGGUUUUUUAAUGUCUUUCUUAAAUUUUUUGCACAACUUUUGAAGAAAAAGUCAACAUAAAUUGUAUGUAAAAUAUAGUUACUAGAGUGAGCAAAAAGUUAUUGUAAAUUAUAGUUCACCAGUGACUAUGCUUCUUGGCGUGAGUAUUGAGAGGAAUCAAGAGAAGUCUAUGGCGAAAUAGUUGUUUCCUUUUUUGGGGAAAUAUUAUUUAACUCUCCCCAAUAUGCAAUAUCAUUGUGCAUCUCUUUCUGUAUUGACUACCAGUACUAUUUUAUGAUGUAAAAUUCGAAAGCUUAGUGGAGGCUUCUUAAAGCAAAAUGGAAAUUAGUCAGUUUUGUCGAUUUGGAA